CAGCGUUCUUCAGCUGUUUUCAGUUGUUUCGGAGCUUUCCGAGCUUUCACACACACCCUUCACUGGCUUCACGUUGACAUAGAUUUUCCGGCGUGGCGGCGGCUGUCGUAGUGUCGCAUACUAGUGCAUCUCGCAGCGUGCAGCCUCAUUUUCUAGCCAAUUAUAUUUACACAUCUGUGCGAAGCAGUGUGAAGCAGUGAAAAGCGCCGUCUGCCGCCACCGCGAAAAAAAUAGCAUAGCAUGUGCGCCAGUGCCACCGCCACCAGCACACACGAUGAGCACAGUGUGAGACUGUGAGGUGUUCGGUGCGGUAAUAAAACCGAGCGCAGCGUCAAACGCGAACGUGCUCGCUGUUGUGUCGGUCGUGCUGCGCUGCGCCCGAAAAAAAACUCAAUUUUUCAUCAAUUCGGAAACGAUUCACGCGCUUCAACCCACACGCAGUGGAACCACAACUCACGCCGCGUUAAUUAAUCAAUUAAAAAUGUGCACUUCAGUCAUGCCCGCCGCGAAAAUCGCAUUGUUUUAAAAUAAUCAUUAAUCGAAAGUGAAAAAAUAACGAAAAAUGGCUUUACCACUAUCGAUAUCCUGCUCGCAACGAGUGAAGGAAGCACUUUCCUCCACUGGGAUCGAAUCCAUCGAGACGACAAUCCUCGCUCCAGUCAAGACAGAGCAGGAAAUCCUGGAAAACUCAAUGCUUGAAGAUGAUCCGAAUGCGAAUUGUGCGAUUCAGACGGUCGCGCAGAUUCAAACCGAAGCGAAACAGGGACCAAGAUGGGGCCCACAACACAAAGGCGCGCAGGAAUUGGCGAAUUUAUACAGCACAGGUAAAAGAACACAGGAGUGUAUCUGUGUGGGCAUUUGCAUUGCUCUCAUGAUAUCGAACCUGUGCUUCUUGAUAUUAAAUUUCAAGCGCGAGAAUUGGAGCAUUAUCUUGCUGAGUGCCUUCUGUGGGAUUGUCACGGCUGACUUUGGUUCUGGGUUUGUGCAUUGGGCGGCCGACACCUGGGGAUCUGUAGACCUACCUAUUAUUGGCAAAAACUUUCUGCGCCCGUUUCGUGAGCAUCACAUUGACCCGACGAGUAUAACACGGCAUGAUUUUAUCGAAACCAAUGGCGAUAACUUUAGCGUGACGAUUCCGUUCCUCGGGAAAAUGCUGUGGGACUUUCUGGUGUCGUCCGAGGAGGAGGUGCAGCGCAAUUUAAAUUGGAAUUGCUAUGUUUUUCUGCUCGCGCUGUUUGUCGCUAUGACUAAUCAGAUACACAAAUGGUCACACACGUACUUCGGGCUGCCUGGGUGGGUGGUGUGGCUGCAGGACCAUCACAUCAUCCUACCGCGGCGCCACCAUCGCAUUCAUCAUGUUGCGCCGCAUGAAACCUACUUUUGCAUCACCACCGGCUGGCUGAAUUGGCCGUUAGAGAAGCUACACUUCUGGAGUGUGCUUGAAUUCAUCAUCGAGCAUACGAUCGGCUGCAGACCGCGCGACGACGACAUGAAGUGGGCACAGAAGGGCACGUGAUGUCGGAAACGCAUGCAGAAGCACAACGCGUGUAGUACAAAAGUGACGUCGCCACAGGCAGAGGUGAUUUUUACAUUUACUGCGGUAUUUUACUAGUAAAAACUGCUUUAAUGCGAUUUUGUUAUGUUAAUUUAAUUUACGCAUGAUGGAGUCACGCGGAAUUUAGUACUUGUGGGGUGUACGGUGUGUGGUGUGUGUAUUUUUUUAGUCGGGGUAGAAAAAAAUUUUGUUUUUCUAGCGAUGUUCAACGAAAAAAUGUAAAAACCGUUAAGCGACUGCUAAAAUAUUGAAGCAAAACUUGUUAGGUAGUCGGUUGAUUAUUUGAAGCGUACAAAAAGUAGAUUACCGAUAAUCUUCGCGUGGCACACAUCGACUUUUCAAUCGCGCGCUGAUAAUGUAAUCCCGAUAUCUUUUUGAUUAUCCACGGUUUCCCAACGAACAUUGCGAGAUAAUCACAAGGCGCUGAAUAUUUAAACGCCGCCAUUAUCGUUGAUUAUUAAUUCGCGUACGCUGAUGCGACAUAUAGCACAUGGCUUGCUUCACAUGUCGGCUGUUUUUAAUUAUGGCGCACGACGUCGCCAUCAAGUACAAAUCAUAAAAAGGGAUUUAGAUUAAAGUGCGCAUGUUCACGAAUGCUGGCCGUGGUCACACGAAUGACAUUUAUAAUUCAUCGUCUAGCAUUUAAGAUUCAUUUCAACCUGCACAAAAUUUUAUUUUGCGUCAUUACAUUACACUGGAUCACUUGAUGGUUGAAAUCGAUCGACUUGUGUACUUAAGAGUCAAUUAUUACAUAGAUAUAUUUGCAAUAACAGUAUUUGCUCUGAAUUUUGCAUUGUUGGCGUUGCAAACGAAGCCUAAGAUGAUUUAUACACGGUGGAUGGGGAACGCACGCCAAGGCUUAAUGUUUUACAAGCAGAAUGCGUGCUGUGCUUAUUUCGGGGACCAAUGAUGAUGAAUAACUUACUUAACUUAACACUUUUAUUGCUUAUAUGAUGAUUAUACUGAGAUAUUUAUCGGGGCAGCUUGGAAACAGAUUCUUAUUGAGAUUUAAUGUUUAACUAUUGUGCCAUGUGAGUUUAAAAGCAGAUUUUGCUAUGCGGGCUUUGACUGAACGCCUUAAAUCGCCUUAAAUGUUUAAAAUAUUCGGUGUAGCCUUCGUACGUGAUAAAACGUGAUUAUAAAGAGGCUACACUGUAUUUAUGAGAUGGUUUCAAGACGAUAAUAACUACAUUUAAAAAAUAUUAAACUUUUUGGAUUAGUACCAAAAAUUAACGUUUUUUGAGUGUCGCUAGUGUCGCUCUGAAACUCUCCCUUGAAUAAUCCAACAUAAAUAUAUAGAAUACAUCACAUAAUGAAUUAAAAGUGCAUCGAAUCUACUAGUUUUAUAAACCAAUAUAUUGUGAGCUUGAUUAUAUGCACUCUAUGGACAUUUUAAAAAGAUAUUUACAAACAUAAUUUUAUAUGAUGCAAUAUAUGCAUCAAUCAUUCAAUCAUCUCUCUAUCAAAUAUUUAAGAUAAAAUUUAAAAAGAGUUUUAUAAUAUUUAUAAGAUUAGAGCUUGACUUUCACACUAAUUGCCUUCUCACAAGAUAAAAAUUUAGAAAUAUUCACUCUAUUUUCAAAACUAAGUGCUAAUGAAUGACCAUAUUUACAAAACUGUAACUAAAACAUUGGAUGCUAUGAAUUGAUGAGUGCCAUAUUUUUACACAACUUUAAAGUUUGCUACUACUUUUAACUUGUAACUUAAACCUAAAGAAAACUUAAAGAAAACUCACGAGUAUUGAAGCAAUGGGACAAUUAGCACACUUUAAUUGCAAUUUACAAUACCACCGUCCCUAUUUUACGUGCACACGUUAAUUGUUAUAACCAAAUAAACCUUGUACUUGUAUUCUAGUGAUUAAUGAAUUGAGAAAAACGUGUGUAAAAGAUGCACACGUAUGUGAUUGCCCUCAAGGAUUUUAGGCAAUCAGAGAUGUUGUUACAAUUAGUUUAGGCGUACAUUUCAUAUUGUUAUUUAUUGCUUUCGAACGUUUUACAAUACAUAACAAUACAUACGCUUAAAUGCUUCAACGCAGGGCCGUAACUAUAUAUAAAAAGAGAUUAUAUUAUUAUUAUCAUGCAGGGACGCUGACGAUUUGCCGAAGUAAUUAUUACGUUUGCUAUUAAUUUUAUUGACAUUACGAUUAUGAUGAUAUUGAUUGUUGAACGAGAAUGUGAAUUUAAUUUAAUUAUUAACUUUACCGUCCACAUUUGUACUAUACUUACGAUAUUGUUGGUCGAGUUUGUUGAUGUGUUCUUAAUGAGAUUUAAUGAUUGCAUUUAUAGCUGGUGUAUGUGCAGAGGGUGUAGAAGGUGUUAUUGUUUGUUAUGUUUUGUUUUGUUUGGUGGGAUGAAACUUCUAAUUAACACGAUACUAUUGAGACUAUUUUUCAUUAUUUUGUGUUUAGAGGUAUAAAAAUGGCGGAAAAUGACAAAAUAAGGUUAGGUUUCAAUUCUAUAUCUUGUAUAACAGUAUUAAAUGGUUUGUUAAUUAGGAGUUUCAUUGUGGUGAGUAAAAAACAAUCGACAUUAGUAACUUUGUAACUUUGGGUUUAAUGCUCUGUUGCUGAAUAUUGUGUUGAGUUUGAAACUAUUGAUUAAAGAUAUAUUGAUUUGAAAAGUUA